GCCGCCGCCGCCGCCAUGAGAGGCCGCACCAGCCACCGCGGGGCCGCUCCCACCACCUCCGCCGCCGCAGCCUCGACUUCCAGCAAGCGCGACCCCGCCUCUGCCUCCGAGGAAUCGGGCGACGAGGAGGUAAAGCCCAAGCCCUCGCGUUUUGCCCGCAAACCGCCGCCGCGCGGAUCCGGAGAACCUUCCUCGUCGUCUGAAUCGGAGUCGGACAGCGACGGCCUCGCGGAGCGGGAGCGGGAGCUGGAGCGCGUGCUCGCCGACGUGCCUUUUGGGGAGCUGCAGCGCGCGCGCGCCGACGGGUCGCUCGCCGCGCGGGGAGGUUCUGCUGCCGCGGCCGCGCAGAAGAAGGCUCGCAGGGAGAGCAGGAAGAGGCCCAUGGAGAUCAGCACAAAUGUGCGUCCGCCGAGGUUGAGGGAGGUGAUCCAGGUUCCCAAGAAGGUUGUAAGGGAUCCAAGAUUCGAGCCUGUAUAUGGAGAUGUUGACAAAGAAGGUUUCAGGAAAAGAUACAAUUUCUUAUUCGACAAGGAACUCCCUGCAGAAAAAGAGAAACUCCAAAAGUCGAUGAAGAAAUUGAAGGACCCUAAUGCCAUUGAAGAAGUGAAGAGUCAGAUCACCUGGAUUGAUAAGCAGUUGAGGUCUAAUCCUCAGAAGAACGUUGAAUCAGAAAUUCUGCGUGGGCAUAUUAAGAAAGAGAGGGAAGCUGCCAAGGCCGGAAAACAGCCGUAUUAUCUGAAGAAAUCUGAAAUUCGACAAAGGAAGUUGAUGGAUAAGUACAAUGAGCUCAAGGAGACGGGAAAGCUUGACGCCUUUAUUGAGAAACGAAGGAAGAAGAAUGCCUCUAAAGAUCAUCGCUACAUGCCAUACAGAAGGGAUGGGGGUGGUGCAUAACAAUGUCCCUUAUUGUGAUAACAACGUUUUUUCUACUAUUUCUUUGUUGCCCCAAUGUGACAGAUAUUUAACAGCAACCAUGAGUAGAAGUUACCCAUAGACCAUAAAAUUUAAGUUGAGCUCUGGUUGCUGAUAAGCUAUUGUAAACGCAAACCAUGGACAUCUUCCAUUUGCUGGUUUCAAUCCGUUUUUGGAUCAAGUGAAACACCUGAGCGGAACUUAUUAUCU